AUGUCUUCAUACCGGGCAGUGUGGACAGCACAGACGCAGCAGUGUCCGGUUGCAGACCGGUCCCGACACAAUUCCCCUCUGCCAUCAGGGAUCUUUCCGGUGUUGACGGUCCAAACCGCCCCCUUCGAAGACCAGCGGCCCGGUACCAACGGGCUGCGGAGGAAGACAGCGGUGUUCGAGGGGAAGAAGAACUACCUGCAGAACUACAUACAGAGUGUGUUGUCUUCCAUCGACCUGCGGGACCGACAGGGCUGCACCAUGGUGGUGGGCUGCGACGGCCGCUACUUCAGCCGAGCUGCCACCGAGGUGAUAGUCCAGAUGGCAGCUGCCAAUGGGAUUGGUCGUCUGGUAAUCGGCCACAAUGGUCUCCUGUCCACCCCUGCUGUUUCCUGCAUCAUCAGGAAGAUCAAGGCCAUUGGCGGGAUCAUCCUCACAGCUAGUCACAACCCCGGAGGCCCUGGUGGAGACUUUGGAAUCAAGUUCAAUGUGGCAAAUGGAGGUCCGUCUCCGGAUACAGUGAUGGAGAGGAUCUACCAGGUGAGCCGGACACUUGAGGAGUAUGCAAUCUGCCCUGAUCUCCGCAUUGACCUGUCCAGACUGGGAAGACAAGAAUUUGACCUGGAGAACAAGUUCAAACCUUUCAGAGUGGAGAUCGUUGACUCAGUUGAUGUGUAUCUACAACUGCUAAAAAACAUCUUUGACUUCAAUGCCAUUAAAAGUCUUCUCACAGGACCAGAUCAGCUCAAGAUACACAUAGAUGCCAUGAACGGAGUAAUGGGCCCCUAUGUACGUAGGAUCCUGUGUGAUGAGUUGGGAGCUCCUGCUAACUCUGCUGUCAACUGUGUCCCUCUGGAGGACUUUGGUGGCCGACCUCCAGAGCCCAACCUGACUUACGCCACCUCUCUGGUAGAUGCCAUGAAAGGAGGUGACUUUGGCUUUGGAGCUGCAUUUGAUGCAGAUGGGGACCGUUACAUGAUCCUCGGCGAAAACGGCUUCUUUGUGAACCCGUCAGACUCGGUGGCCAUCAUGGCUGCCAACCUCUCCACCAUCCCCUACUUCAGACAGCUGGGAGUCAAGGGCUUUGCCAGGAGUAUGGCCACCAGCACUGCCCUCGACAGGGUAGCCAAAGCCAUGAAACUGUCACUGUAUGAGACUCCCACAGGCUGGAGGUACUUUGGGAACCUGAUGGAUUCUGGGCGUUGUUCCCUCUGCGGGGAGGAGAGCUUUGGGACAGGUUCUGACCACAUUCGUGAGAAAGAUGGUUUGUGGUCGGUGUUGGUGUGGUUGUCUAUCAUGGCCGCCAGGAAACAGGGAGUGGAGCAGAUAGUCCGAGAACACUGGGCCAAAUUUGGACGUAACUACUUCUGCAGGUUUGACUAUGAAGGCCUGGACCCGCGCGCAGCCUUUUACCUGAUGAAGGAUCUGGAGUCAGUAAUAGCAGACAAAGCAUUCACCAGCCAGAAGUUUGCCGUAGGAGACCACAUAUACAGCGUGGAGAGGGCUGACAACUUUGAGUACAUCGACCCCGUGGAUGGAACAGUGGCUCGAAACCAGGGUCUGAGGAUUGUGUUCACUGAUGCGUCCCGUUUGGUGUUUCGGCUGAGCGGGAGCGGUGCAGGGACGGGUGCCACCAUCCGCAUUUACGCCGAGAGCUGUGAGAGAGACCCAGAGAGACACAACAGAGAGACACAGGUGGUGCUGGGUCCUCUUAUCGCCAUCGCCCUGAAGAUCUCCAACGUCCAUGAGAGGACAGGACGCCGUGGCCCUAACAUCAUCACAUGAGCAACCAGGAAAACACACACUCGCAUGCAUGCUCACACGUGCAUCUAACUGCUCACACAGACAAAAAUACCUUCAAAAUAUCAUUUUUCUGUACUUAUCUGCCAUUUUUUUAAUCCCUUCUCUGUAGCUUCUUUUCUUUUUUCUUUAAAUGAUGACUGAACUGAUGGUGCUUAUCUCAAAAAAAGAAAGCACAAUGUUCUCUCAACUGUUAUUGACCACUAUCAUCUGUCAGCUUUUUACCCUGUAAAGCACCUUGUAAACCUUGUUUUAAGGUGCUGUAAAAAUAAAGUGUAUUAUUAUUAUAACUAUCGAAAACGUAGAAUAUUUAGUGUCUAAACCAGAGAGCCUAUUUCAUUGUUGCCAUGAAUAAAUCAUGAAAAAUAUGUAAACAGCAAACCUGUUAUGAAUGUGCAGACUGUUAAUGUUUAUGGCUUGCAAUUAUCAAGACUUAUUGACUAAGGGAUCCAAAGACAUUUUUUCAUCCACCAUGCUGUUUUUAUAACAGUGCAUUGUACACUUAUUUCUUUUCAUGCAGAAGUAAUCAAACUUUUGUCGAAGUGUAAAAUAAAACAGGUGUUUGAUUGCAAUUAAUAUAUCAGUGAAUUGAAUUGCAUUUAGUUUAUGUUUGAUAUUAUAUUAAAUUAAUGUUUAAUGCAUAUGUAGUGGGAGGUUGUCAGACUUACGUUUACUAUCUAAGGACAGGGUAUUCAAAAUGUAAAAAGAACAAAAAUGGCAAAUGAGGCCACAGGUAAUGAAAAAGAAAAUAUAUAUUUUAGAUUUGUUUGCUGUUAAUCUGGCUUUCACUUUAUUUUGUAAGUUUAGGCCCUUGGGAAUUCUGUAUAACCACAUUUGAAUAUAUUAUUUCAUUUUUUUUCAUCCAAAUAAACAUUUUUGUGUGUAGUA